GCCAGGUGUGUUCGGUCACUUCCUGCGCGGCGCGGCGUGGCGUGGCCAGGGGGCUGGGUGCCCGGAGGGUUCAGUCAGCAGCAAGAUGCGAAUCGAGAAAUGUUACUUCUGCUCCGGGCCCAUCUACCCGGGACACGGGCUCAUGUUCGUGCGGAAUGACUGCAAGGUCUUUAGAUUCUGCCGAUCAAAAUGCCACAAAAACUUUAAAAAGAAACGAAAUCCCAGAAAGGUCAGAUGGACCAAAGCCUUCCGGAAAGCAGCUGGUAAAGAACUAACAGUGGAUAAUUCAUUCGAGUUUGAAAAACGUAGAAAUGAGCCACUGAAAUACCAGAGAGAGCUAUGGAGCAAAACUGUUGAUGCAAUGAAGAGAGUGGAAGAGAUCAAACAAAAACGCCAAGCUAAAUUUAUCAUGAACAGAUUAAAGAAGAGCAAAGAGCUGCAGAAGGCACAAGACAUCAAAGAAGUCAAGCAAAACAUACACCUUGUUAGGGCUCCACAUGCAGGCAAAGCAAAACGGCUGGAGGAGAAAAUGGUACAGAAACUGCAGGAGGAUGUAGCUAUGGAAGAAGAGUCCUAAAAACCUUGUCAUUUUUUUCCUUCUAUUUUUACCUCCUCAACUUACCAUUUUUUGACUCUCUAGAGUUCUAACUUGUGCAUUAUUGAUUCAUUUGAUAUUUGUUCAUUGAAAUGAAAGGUGAUUAAACACACCCUAGAUGCACAUCUUGAGUGUGUGUGAAGCACCAGAAGGUACUCUCAAUUCUUUAUUGGGAGAAAAAUACACUUUACUGAGCAAAAGUUAUUUUGCAAGUCAUCCAGUACUGUUUGUAAUUAUAAAAAUGAUGUAAUUGGCAUGAACCAGCUGUCCUGCAGCUAAUGUUUUUGGACAAUACUUUUUGUAAUUCUGUAAUUAUGCAUCACUGAUAAGGUUUUGUAUAACAUAAAGCCUUUCAUUUGA